CAAUAUUCAGAGGUCAGGCAUAUUAGGCGCAAAUCUUCUAGUUAUAAAUUGUGACGCAAGUCCGCUUAUCGUUUGAUUCCGCCAGAUCAAUCAAUCUCUCAUCACAACGCCGCCUUGUUCAUUACCUUCACCAUGCGAUUCCUACAAACCGCUCUUGUGGCUGCAAGCAUUGCUCUAUAUUCACCUACCCUGGCCCAAGAGUUUUCCGGUCAGGGGUACACUCAGGUGGCCUCUGAAAAUGGAGUGGAGUAUCUUGGAUGCCUCACCAAUAGCGGUCAGUGGGAUCUUUCUGCCUGUGCCGGGGUCACAGCCCGUGGAGGGGGUCAGCUGGUUACCCAACAAGGAAACUACUACACUCUCACCGAAGCGUUAGACAUCACUGUGACUCCGGACGCUGGAGAUGCCAAAUACUGGUCUAGCACGGGCUACAAUUCUUUUGGCGAGCCAAGCAACCUUGAAGCUGAUGGUGGUGUUGAACACAAUGGGGGAGGCGGCCCGUACUGGUAUGCGGCCGCUGAGCCUACCGAAGGCGCCCCCGUUACCCUGAGUGCGGAAGAAUCGGAUGGGGCUCAGCGUGUAGUCCUCGUCUGGAAGUCAUAUUAUUAGAGGUAUUGCUCAGAGGGCGCUUAUAUCGAGUCUAUACUACUUUUCUAUCUGCAAAAGCUGGUCAGAGAAAGCUGGCAGACCUGUUUCAGAAU